UUUGCAAACAUUUUACCCAAAUUCCGAAUGCUUCUUUCCCCAUCUCGAGCCUCCUCCAUUAAUGAAACAUCAAGGCCUCAUUCUCACUCACACUUCUCAACCUCCAAGGAAAUAAAUUAGGCCCAUGCAAAAAAAGAAGGAAAAAAAAAAACACACACACACACACAUUACAAUUCACAACAGCUUUCAUUUGAAAUCUCUGUACUCUUACACUUCACGAGGUUGCACGCCUUCUCUCCCAAUUCGAUUUACCCUCUUCACUUCUCCAGCUUUCUCUCUGUCUUAUUCUACUUCUUCUUCUCUCUCUGGUUUUCGUUUUCAAAACCCACUGGGGAAAACCAAAGGAGCUUUUGGUUUUUAGGUCCAUUUCAUUACAUUCCGAUGUCAUCAUUGGCGACAGUGACUGCUACAAGAAGACCCAAAUGGCAGUACCCGCAACCGGCGCCUCCGACUCCCAGGAUUCUCCACUUUCCGAGGAGGCCGAGGACGCGGCGCCGGCCGUCCAAGAGUGUACCUGCAAAACCCAGUUCCGGUUUCGAUGGGAGAGGGAAGCUCGAGGCGUUGUUCGACCAGGAACGGGCGUUUUUGAAGGACGGCUUUCCGGUUGUUUCGAUGGAUCGUGGGGAGGGGAGGAGUGAGAGAGUGGAGGAGAGAGAGAUCGUUGGCGUCGGAAAUGCAGCGGCGGAGGAGAAGUGGAGGUUUCAGGCGGAGAUGUUGAGGGCGGAGUGUAACUUGUUGAGGAUGGAAAGAGAGAUUACCAACAAGAAAUUGGAGAAGAUGAAGGUUCGAAUGGAGAGGACUCUGAAAUCAGCUGUUCAAGCUCUUGUUUCUGGGAAAAACAAGGUAUAUGAAGGCAAGGAUAUGGAGAUGGUAUUGGAGGAUGAGAUCAACGAUUUGGCUAAAAAACUCGAGAGGUUGCGAAGGGGCUCAAGAAACAAACAGAUAGUAAUUAGGAAGUGUAGUAAUUUUGACAAACGUGCGUCCUUACUACAGAGAAAGCUUGAGAAAAUUGAUGGGAACUCUGGUGAACUGAUUGCUACAGAGACGAAGGGCGCUUGUGGAGAUCACGAAAGCUUCAUUUCAAGUGGAAAAUUCAAUAAUGUUCAGGUGGAGGUUUUGAGGAGAAAAAUGGAAGAUCUGUCGAAGGGAACUUUGUUAGAGAAAAUGAGGGAGGAAUGUAGGUCCAUGCUUUCCAUCACAGCCACCAGUUCCGUCGUCAGCUCCGCCACUAGCUCCGCCGCAUCUUCGAAGAUCAGAACCGAGCAUCCGGAUUCAUCCAUGCCGACACACCUACCGAAUCUGGACUCAACAUCACAAGAACGGAAUCAAUGCUCAGGGCAUUGCAAGGCGAUUAUUCGAAGAAUCACGGAGCAAGUUAAAGCCGAAAAAGAUCAAUGGUCGCAAAUGCAGGAGAUGUUGAAUCAAGUGAGGGAAGAGAUGGAAGAGUUGCAGGUUUCUCGAGAGUUCUGGAAAGAUCAAGCCCUGGAAUCCGAAUCUCAAAUCCGAUCUCUUCAAUCCUCUGUAAGAACAUUUCUUCACAAACUACGCAGAAUAAGAAAAGAAAACUCCAUUGCCGUACCAAUUUCUAAUCCUGAUAUUUUAAAUUCAAUUUCUGCAAUCUUCAAGAAGAAGAAAUACUCCAAUAUCCUACCAAUCUCUAAUCUGACGAUUCUAAAUUCCAUUUCUUCAAUCAUGCGUAAAAACAUUACUUCUCAAAAUACAUGCACACAAGAAAAACUCCAUUACCUUUCCGUCUGUGAUGAACUGAUGAUUCAUAAUUCGGCAUCUGGUAGGUUGAAGAAUGGAAACAUAAGGCGAUUGCGCAUGAAAGCAAAGCAAAGGAGGUCGAGAGAUCGAAGAAGAAGGGACAAGGACAUGGACAAGCUUCGCCACCAGAUGAAAUGGAGAAGCAUGUGCUGAUUUGCCGCGUGAAGGAGAAGAAUCCUAACCUCCUCCAUGCACGCGAUGUUCGAAGCAGGCGUAGAGAGAUGUCCAUUGAUGAACAG